AUGGUGUUUGACAAAGUCUCGACAAACAGCGGAGGCGGUUACAGCAAUACCACCGGGGUCUUCACUGCACCUCGCGGAGGUUUCUACGUCUUCGACGUCAUCCUGGUCCAGAAUCUGACUGAUAGACUAGAGGAUUCAAACUGGAAUUUGAAUGUCAACGGACAGAUGGUGCCGCGCAGGUUGUCAUAUUCUUACUUUAGCAUCACCCAGUACGAGUACAUGGUGACCCUACAGGCUGGAGACAAAGUCUCAGUCUCCAGUCAAGAUUCACUCAACGUUUUUCCAGCUGACUCUAGCUCCUUCAGUGGCUCGCUCGAAAAGGAUCUUUAA